UUUUCCUCUAGAGGGUUAGAAUAGAAGGAGGCUUCCCAUUGUGCAAUUCAUUCCGUUCCUGUUGUCUCUUUCUCUCUAAACUCUUUCUCUCUCUACAAUUUCAAAGUUGACCAUGGACUAACCCAACUGUCUCAUUACCAUCGCAGCCCGAUAUUACAUUUUCUGUAUCCUCAACUCGAUUUUUUGUGGAAGUAGCAUAAGAUGGCAGAUGGAGAGGAUAUUCAGCCACUUGUCUGUGACAAUGGAACAGGAAUGGUCAAGGCUGGGUUUGCUGGAGAUGAUGCUCCCCGAGCUGUAUUCCCUAGUAUUGUUGGCCGGCCCCGCCAUACUGGUGUGAUGGUGGGUAUGGGUCAGAAAGAUGCCUACGUGGGAGAUGAAGCUCAAUCAAAAAGAGGUAUUUUAACUCUUAAAUACCCAAUUGAGCAUGGAAUUGUCAGCAACUGGGAUGAUAUGGAGAAGAUCUGGCAUCAUACUUUCUACAAUGAGCUUCGUGUUGCGCCCGAGGAGCAUCCAGUCCUCUUAACUGAGGCGCCUCUUAACCCAAAGGCUAAUCGUGAAAAGAUGACCCAGAUUAUGUUUGAGACUUUUAAUACCCCAGCUAUGUAUGUUGCUAUUCAGGCUGUCCUCUCACUGUAUGCCAGUGGUCGUACCACCGGUAUUGUGUUGGACUCUGGUGAUGGUGUCAGCCACACCGUCCCAAUUUAUGAGGGGUAUGCCCUCCCACAUGCCAUUCUCCGUCUUGACUUGGCAGGUCGUGACCUCACUGAUAGUUUGAUGAAGAUCCUUACCGAGCGUGGUUACAUGUUCACCACCUCAGCUGAGCGGGAAAUUGUCAGGGACGUGAAAGAAAAGCUUGCUUACAUAGCUCUUGACUAUGAACAGGAACUCGAGACUGCAAAGACCAGCUCUUCUGUAGAGAAGAACUAUGAGCUCCCGGAUGGGCAGGUGAUCACCAUUGGUGCUGAGCGUUUCCGUUGUCCUGAGGUCCUUUUCCAACCAUCAAUGAUUGGAAUGGAAGCUGCAGGAAUCCACGAGACUACAUACAACUCUAUCAUGAAGUGUGAUGUGGAUAUUAGAAAGGACCUUUAUGGAAACAUUGUGCUCAGUGGUGGCUCUACCAUGUUCCCAGGUAUCGCUGAUAGAAUGAGCAAAGAAAUUACUGCACUUGCUCCUAGCAGCAUGAAGAUUAAGGUGGUGGCCCCACCAGAGAGGAAAUACAGUGUCUGGAUUGGAGGCUCUAUCUUGGCUUCCCUCAGCACCUUCCAGCAGAUGUGGAUUGCAAAGGCAGAGUAUGACGAAUCUGGUCCUUCUAUUGUCCACAGAAAGUGCUUCUGAUUUUCCCAGAGUGACAAUGUUGGUGAAAGGAAAAUACUUACUUCCUACUGGAUCAGAAAUGCAGUUGCAUUUUUAUAUUCCAGCUUUAUUUUCUGUAUUUUUGUUCUCAUGUUGGAUUGAAGAUAUUGAGUGGGCAAGGAGUUGAUUGUUGGGUCAUCGUAUUCUUUUAUUUCUCUAUUUGACAAGUUUCUAUUCUUCCA